GAAGAGAGAGACCAGCUACAGACCAGUUACAACACCCUGACUGAAGAGAGAGACCAGCUACAGACCAGUUACAAAACCCUGACUGAAGAGAGAGACCAGAUAAAACCCAUGUACAACAUUCUGACUAAAAAGGGAAAGCAGCUACAGACCAGGUACAACACCCUGACUAAAGAGAGAGACCAGCUACAGACCAGUUACAACACCCUGACUAAAGAGAGAGACCAGCUACAGAAGGAUAUAGAUGAUCUCACGUCAAAGUUCUCUAAUCUGAUGAAAAAACCCUGGAGGGAGAGUAGACAGGACUGUCUGAAGAGAGGAGCAGACAUGGUGAUCAUAAACAGUGAUAAGGAACAGGAGUUUCUCUUCAGCUUCAUUAAGAGAGCCUGGAUUGGUCUGACUGACUCUGUUACUGAGGGGACCUGGAAAUGGGUGGACGGCACCCAACUGACCACCCCAAGUUACUGGCAAUCACAGCAACCUGAUAAUGGUGGUGACAACCCAGCAAAUGGGGAGGAGGACUGUGUUGAGCUGAACACAGAAACCUGGCUUCCUGUAAAGGCAUGGAAUGACCAGUCAUGUUUUAACAAUCGUUACUGGAUUUGCGAGAAAGUGGUUUAACAUCACCAUGACAACAGAGGAGGCUGGUGGGAGGACGUGCACACAUACAGCACCCUACAGUGCACACAACUUCAUUCUCUCUCUCUCUAAGACACAGACACACCAACACACUGCUGGUACUGUACUGAGUGGCAAACAACCUGAUAAUGGUUGUGAACCAGGAUAUACUGUAACAAGGACUGUGCUGGUGUUAAUAUUGGGUAUUCUGAGCCUGUAUAUAAAUAUUCUGACAUAUCAUUUACCUCUCUUCAUAACUGUAUUUGUGAAGAGUUAUACAGUAGCUCAUUAUAUAGUAGUGCUACAGUGCUAAUGCAUCUCUCUCUAGGUAAACAGUGUGUAGACAUACUGCCAUCUGUAAAAUGCUUGUAUUCAUUGUUUUAAAUAGAAACAUGUUAUGUGAUUUGCCAUAAUGUGAUUUUUUUCAUCGUCAAUUAUUAGCAUAAACGACUUCAGUAAGAAGAUGAACUAAGGCUCAGAUUAAGUAAGAAAGGAACCUAUCAGGUUUACCUGUCACCUUCAUUUCCUUUGUUUUGUAUUUAUUUAGUUGGUCAGGGCGUGAGUUGGGUGGGCAGUCUAUGUUUGAUUUUCUAUG